ACCCCUAAACCUGCUCCAGGCUGCGCGCAGCAGCCAAUAGCGCGCUCCUAGGCCGGUGCGUCAUGGCGAGAUUGGCCAAUGAGUGCGGGCCUGGCCGCCGCUUCCGGCCCGCCCUCUCGCCUGCGGCCUGGGCAGCUCCGACCCGCUAGCCCAGCCGCGGAGCAUCCACUGCAACCCCCCCUGGCCGGGCGCCGGCCCAGCCGCCGACACCAUGCCCACUUCAGUGCUGUGGGCGGUGGACCUCUUUGGGAGAGUAUACACUCUGUCCACGGCCGGCCAGUACUGGGAACUGUGCAAGGAUGCCCAGCUGGAGUUCAAGCGGGUCAGCGCAGCCACGCAGUGUUGCUGGGGCAUUGCGUGCGACAACCAGGUCUACUUGUACAUGUGCGCCAACGAUGUCCCCAUCCGCCGCCGAGAGGAGGCCUAUGAAAAUCAGCGUUGGAACCCCAUGGGUGGCUUCUGCGAGAAGCUCCUGCCAAGUGACCGCUGGCAGUGGAGUGACGUGAGUGGGCUCCAACACCGGCCGCUGGAUGGGGUGGCGCUACCCUCGCCACACUGGGAGUGGGAGUCAGACUGGUACGUGGAUGAGAAUUUUGGAGGGGAACCCACCGAAAAAGGGGGGUGGACGUAUGCCAUUGACUUUCCCGCCACCUACACGAGAGACAAGAAAUGGAAUUCGUGCGUGCGGCGACGGAAGUGGAUCCGGUACAGGAGAUACAAGUCCCGGGACACCUGGGCCAAGAUCCCCUCAAAGGAUGACCCCAAGGAACUCCCUGACCCCUUUAAUGACCUCUCUGUCGGGGGAUGGGAGAUUACAGAGGAGCCUGUGGGCCGCCUGUCAGUCUGGGCUGUGUCUCUGCAGGGAAAGGUGUGGUACCGAGAGGAUGUCAGCCACUCCAACCCGGAAGGCUCCUUGUGGUCCCUGGUGGACACCCCCGGGGAGGUGGUCCAGAUCAGCUGUGGGCCCCAUGACCUCCUGUGGGCCACCCUCUGGGAGGGGCAGGCCCUGGUCCGGGAAGGAAUCAACAGGAACAGUCCCAAAGGAAGUUUCUGGUCCAUAGUGGAGCCUCCUGGGUCUGAAAAUGGGAUCAUGCACAUCUCCGUGGGCGUCGGCGUGGUCUGGGCUGUCACUAAAGACCGGAAAGUAUGGUUCCGAAGGGGUGUCAACUCUCACAAUCCCUGUGGCACCAGCUGGAUCGAGAUGGUUGGCGAGAUGGUCAUGGUGAACGUGGGGCUCAAUGACCAGGUCUGGGGCAUCAGCUGUGAGGACCGAGCUGUGUACUUCCGGCAGGGCGUCACCCCCAGUGAGCUCAGUGGGAAGACAUGGAAGGCUAUUGUUGCCACCCGAGAGUGUGACCGGUCCCACUCUGGCAGCUCGUCAAGCCUCCUCAGUGCUGGCUGCUUCUUUGGUGAUGAAGUGAGGGCCAGUAGUGACUCUGCAUCCCACGACACUGACGUUUCUUCAGAAGUUGAGAGACGGGACCCCGAACAGCCUCUCCCUAAGGAGUCUUUGGACAAUCCCCAGAACCCCAAUGAGAGCUCAGCCUUGGACCCUGGGGCCAGCAGGACUGCAGAGUGUGAUGUGGAGAAUGCCUGCCCAGUGGUGGGCAGAGGGGAGCCCACUCAGGCCACUGGUCCCAGUGGGCGCCCAGCUGAGCUGCCCUGGACUAACAUUGACCUGAAGGAGCCCAAGAAGGCUCCCAACCACUCAGCUGCUGGCCUCCCUGAACCCACGGGCCUCGCCUCCGUGGGGCUCUUCACCCUGGGCUUGGAGGAGCCCUAUGGGGCGGAUGACCACCUGCUAUGGGCCUGGGUGUCAGGAGGUGGCUGCGCAGUGGAGGCAGGCUCCGUGCUCAAGUGGUUCACUGUCCAGUCUGGCCUGUCUCCCUCAGUGCAGACGCUGUCCCUGUCCAUCACGCCAGCACAAACCGCCGCCUGGAGGAAGCAGAUCUUCCAGCAGCUCACAGAAAGGACCAAGCGGGAGCUGGAGAACUUCCGGCAUUACGAGCAGGCCGUGGAGCAGUCAGUGUGGGUGAAGACCGGGGCCCUGCAGUGGUGGUGUGACUGGAAGCCCCACAAGUGGGUGGACGUCCGCGUGGCCCUGGAGCAGUUCACGGGGCAUGACGGGGCUCGAGACAGCAUCCUCUUCAUCUACUACGUGGUCCAUGAGGAGAAGAAGUACCUUCAUGUGUUCCUCAAUGAGGUGACAGUGCUGGUCCCAGUGCUCAAUGAGGCCAAGCACUCCUUUGCCCUAUAUACUCCUGAGAGGACACGGCAGAGGUGGCCCGUGCGCCUGGCUGCUGCCACCGAGCAGGACAUGAAUGACUGGCUCGCCCUGCUCAGCCUGUCCUGCUGUGAGAGCCGGAGGGUCCAAGGCCGCCCAUCCCCACAGGCCAUCUGGUCCAUUACCUGCAAGGGAGACAUCUUUGUGAGUGAGCCCAGCCCAGACCUGGAGGCCCAUGAGCACCUGCUGCCUUGUGACCAGAUGUUCUGGAGGCAGAUGGGAGGCCACCUGCGGGUGGUGGAGGCCAACAGCCGCGGCGUGGUGUGGGGCAUCGGCUACGACCAUACAGCCUGGGUGUACACAGGUGGCUACGGUGGAGGCUGCUUCCAAGGCCUGGCCAGCAGCACCAGCAACAUCUACACACAGUCGGACGUGAAGAGUGUCUACAUCUACGAGAACCAGCGCUGGAACCCCGUCACGGGCUACACCAGCAGGGGUCUGCCCACCGACCGGUAUAUGUGGAGUGACGCUACGGGGCUACAGGAAUGCACCAAGGCUGGCACAAAGCCCCCGUCCCUGCAGUGGACCUGGGUUUCCGACUGGUAUGUGGACUUCAGCAUAACGGGAGGCACUGACCAGGAGGGAUGGCAGUACGCCAGUGACUUCCCUGCCUCAUACCAUGGGUACAAAACCAUGAAGGAUUUUGUCAGGAGAAGGUGCUGGGCCAGGGAACCUGUGGUUCCGCGGAGGGAUCACACCCAGUUACCCGCAGGGCUCCAGCUGGGAGCAUGUGUCCAACAACGUGCGCAGAGUGUCCGUGGGGCCCCUGGACCAGGUCUGGGUCAUCGCCAACAAAGUCCAGGGCAGCCAUGGGCUGAGCCGGGGGACGGUGUGUCACCGCACAGGCGUGCAGCCCCGAGAGCCCAAGGGGCAGGGCUGGGACUACGGCAUCGGGGGAGGCUGGGACCACAUAUCUGUCCGGGCCAAUGCCACCAAGGCCAUCCGGAGCGUGUCCCAGGAGCAGGAGGCCCACGGCCCUGUCUGCUGCUGAGGCUGCCGCCCAGUCACCUGGAGGCUGGGAUGGUGACAGGCUUGAGGAUCAGGCUUGAGCCCUUCUGUGCUGAAGAGUGCCCCGCGAGAAGACAUCGUCAGGACGACUCAGGAGGGCACCUGGCGGGUCGUGGCCCCUUCAGAGGCGCAGGCUGAAGUGCCAGGGUGUGAAGCCCACACGUGUCCCCCGUCUGCCAGGAGAGCUGUGGCGCGGGGAGGGGCCCUGGGCCCCCGCCUGUCCCAUCUGCUCCUUGCCCUGCGCUGUCCACCUGCCCAGGCCCUGAGCCUGGAGCUCGGAGCUCACCAGGAACUCUGGCCCUGGGAGCAGAGCCAGGGAGGAACCCUUCUGAGCCAGGUGCCCCAGAUGGCAUCUGGGCCCUGCCCUGCCCCAAGAGAAAUGGCUGCAGGGCUCUGGACCCCCUGCCACGGGCUGUGGUCAUUCUUCAGAGCAGGGUUUAGAAGCAGAUCUAGUUUGGAAAGUGAAACAGAGGUGGUGAGCUGGAGAUGAAUGCUCAAGUGGAGGGCCUUCCCCAGGUGAGCUGGGCCUGCUGGGUGCAUGGAGAUGUGCCCAAGUGCGGUCACCUCAAGAACCUUCCAUGGUCGGGGAGGCCCCUCAUAUGGAGGAUCUGGGAUCCUGUUGCAGGGUGGCCAGGUAGAGGGGAGCAGUGUCCUGGGCCCCCCAACAUUGUGGGAGGCAAGACUGCUGUGGGCAGGGUAUGGACAGGAUCCCCCCAGCUGUCCUGCCCCCAGGACAGGGAGAAGGUGCCUUCCGCCCUGAUGUGAGAGCCCUGCUGUGCCAGGCCAGGAGAAGUGCUUAGCCAGUGGCCCUUGCCCUGGGUAGCCUCCGUGCUGCCGGCUGCCCCUGUGUGCCCCUUAGGCGAUGUCUCCAGUCACUUCCUACAGCUGGACACUGUGCGUGGGAGGUGACCAGAGCCAUGUCCUGUCCACGCGCCUUCUGAGGUGGCUUGAGUAGCCGGGCUCCUGACUGGCUCCCCGUCUGUCUGUCUGUGGUCAGGAGGGGUCGGCUCUGCAGUCAUCUGGGAUUCCAGUUUGCUGUGGAGGGUUUGUCACCAGAAGCCGACCCUAAGCAUGGUCUUCUUGGGGGGGGCUCCUUGGGGGAUCCCCUCCCACAUGCAUUCGAGGACCUGGUGUUCACAGUUCCUGGAGGUGGGGACCUGGUGAGCCUGGGUAUGGCGCCCAGGGGAACGAUGGAGUGGCCCUGGGCUGACCCUCCGCUUGUCUCCAUGUUGGGCCUGAGUGGGCAUCGUGGUUUGUUCCCCCCAAUGUGACAUGUAUGUUUCUGCUGUGACUUGCUGUCUGUAGGUGGCUCUCAGCGAGGCACUGGGUGUCACUCUGCCCCCUCUCCAGAGUGACAUGGCCUCUUGCUGCUCAGCACCAACGGUUCACCUGCUCAGCAUCACUGUCUUGAUCCCUGGGAUGCUUUAUUCAGUAAAAACUCGCACCACUGUCAA